UUAAUGGGGCCAUGAGGCAUCCUGCUCAUGUCCCUUAUGCUUAGGUACAGUAAAGGGGUAUUAGACAGUAAUGCUGGCUGAUCUGAGCAUUCUGUCUGCUGUGUAGUCUGGGGGGAGCACCAUGGGGAGCACCAGCAAGGUGGCCAACUUGUUGAACAGGAGACAGAGUCUUUUCCCUAACCACAAAGUUGGGGAUUCAGACAUUAAUCGAAGACCCUCGGAAAUUGUCUAUCCUCUGGCCAAGAAAAGCUGCGUGAAGACAUGGAACUCCAUGCAGGAGCUGGGGAGGGACAUCUACGACAUUUAUGCAGAGUACGAAGAAGAACGGGAUGACAGUGCUAUGUAUUGCUCUUCCAAACAUGUUUCACUCUCCAAGAAGAACUACACGAUCAACAUCAAUGUAGGGGGUAAGCCUUACCAGAUAGCCUACAAGACGGCCGCCAAGUAUCCAAAGACCAGAAUAGGACGACUGGCCACCUACACGGACCACAACAUGAAGCUGGACUUGUGCGAUGACUACAUUGUGGCCACCAAUGAGUAUUUCUUUGACAGGGAUCCAGAUGUCUUCCACAACAUCUUCAACUUCUACAGGACCGGUGUUCUGUGGAUCAAGGAUGAGUUGUGUCCCCGCAACUUCCUGGAGGAGAUUAACUACUGGGGCGUGAGGAUCAAGAACACCCACCGCUGUUGUCGCAUCUCCUUCGAGGAGCGGCAGGACGAGCUGAAUGAUCAGCUGAAGAUCCAGAGGGAGCUGGAGGCAGAGGUGGAGAUUGAGGAGAAUGAGGAGCUCUUCCAUGACAUGUUCAUGGGCCAGAAGCGCAGGGCUAUCUGGAACUUGAUGGAGAAGCCAUUUUCGUCUGUCAAGGCCAAGCUGAUGGCCUUGGCUUCCAGCGUGUUUGUCCUGAUCUCCCUAGUGGCAAUGACUCUCAACACGGUGGAGGAGAUGCAAUACAGAACUCCCAAAGGUCAGCUCAGCGGGAAGACAUACUGGGAACACGUGGAGUCCAUGUGCAUCGUCUUCUUCACGAUGGAGUUCCUGCUCCGUCUAAUGUCUACUCCUGACCUCAAAUCCUUCAGCAGGAGUGUGCUCAACGUGGUGGACCUGAUUGCCAUCCUGCCUCAGCAUGUACAGGCCAUCUUGGAGUUCUUUGACAAUGAGGAGAAUUACAUGAAGCAUGAGGCCGACAUGCAGGCGGUAGGGCAGGUGGGAAAGCUGGGCCAGGUGUUGCGGAUCAUGAGACUGAUGCGAAUCUUUCGAAUCUUGAAACUGGCGCGACACUCCACAGGUCUGCGGGCCUUCGGCUUCACUUUGCGUCAGUGCUACCAGCAAGUAGGCUGCCUCUUCCUUUUCAUCGCCAUGGGCAUCUUCAGCUUCUCGGCCAUGGUUUACACUGUGGAGCAUGACAUGCCGCAGACAAACUUCACCAGCAUUCCUCAUGCAUGGUGGUGGGCAGCUGUCAGCAUCUCAACUGUGGGCUACGGUGACAUCUACCCAGAGACCAUACUGGGUCGUCUCUUCGCUUUCAUCUGCAUCUCUUUAGGAAUCAUCCUCAACGGUCUUCCCAUAUCUAUCCUCUUCAACAAGUUCUCAGACUAUUACUCUAAACUCAAGUCAAAUCAGUACACAGCCUCCACCAAGAAUCGAGGGAAGGUGAGAUUUUCCAACAGGACAGUGAAAAGCCUCAACCGCUGCUUUUGCCAAGCACACUAAUUUCUUUCAUUUUUCUGAAGAAAUAAUAUGAUUUGGCAGCUUUAGUAGUUAGG